AUGGCAACCCCGCGGUCGGUUUGUAAACACGGAAGUAACGCUUUUUCUCCCCCUCUCUCCCUCCUCUCUCCCCACACUCCCUCGGCCAGUCCCCAGUCCCCAAUCACUGCUCACGGACUCACUUUGUAUUCGUGCUGCAGAACACUCACCAUGGACCGGAGGCUGCUGGUGCUGGUGCUGCUGGUGCUGGGCCUGGUUUUCAGCCGGACCGAGGCGAGAGGAGGCGGGCUGAAGCAGACUGUGCAGGUGCUGGGCUUCGACUGGCAGAACUGUGGUAAACCUGAUGCCCCGGCCGUCCUGAAGAGCCUCAGUGUGUCUCCGGACCCCAUCUCCAUCCCGGGGUCUGUGACCGCAGAGGCCUCAGGGGCCACGGCCGUGGAGCUCGACUCCCCUCUGGCUCUGAACGUGACGCUGGAGAAGGAGGUGGCAGGAUUCUGGGUGAAGAUCCCGUGUGUGGAGGAGCUGGGCAGCUGUCACUAUGAGGACCUCUGUGACCUCCUGGAGCAACUCCUGCCCCCGGGACAGGACUGUCCUGAACCUCUGCACAGCUACAGCCUGCCCUGCCGCUGCCCCUUCAAGACCUGCAGCAGACUGACUGAGGAGAGAGAUGAGGCCCAGAGACAACUCACACACAUCAAGAGAGAAGUCGGCGGCUCCUACAGCCAGAGCCCCGUUUGCCAUCAGGUCGUGACCCCAGGGGGUUGGGACAGACCUCAGACUGACCUCAGACAGACCUCAGACAGACCUCAGACAGACCUCAGACUGACCUCAGACAGACCUCAGACAGACCUCAGACAGACCUCAGACAGACCUCAGACUGACCUCAGACUGACCUCAGACAGACCUCAGACAGACCUCAGACUGACCUCAGACAGACCUCAGACUGACCUCAGACUGACCUCUGACAGACCUCAGACAGACCUCAGACAGACCUCUGACAGACCUCAGACAGACCUGGACCUGGACCUUCAGGGAGACCAUAGAGCAAAUGUUGACUUAUAUGUGUCUCAGAUGGUGAUCGAGGAGGUGAGCGUGCUGCAGACUCAGCUGGAGAUCGAGAAGUCGUGUCGGGAGAACGCCGAGGCUCUGGCCACAAAGCUGAACACUGAGAACAGGAAGCUGAAAUACCUGAGCUUAUCCUCGCGCCCAUGUUUGGACGAGAUCCUUCCCAGCAUCUCCGACCGCAUCGCCACGGAGACGGAGACGGACGCCAUGGAGCGAGACGGUGACCACGACACCUUCGCACAGUACCAGAGGCAGGUGAAAGAGCUGCAGGAGACCGUGACCGCUCUGCUGGAGGAGAAGAAGACUUUAGUUUGUCAAGUGCACGAGCAGCAGAGACAAGUCACCGAGCUCACGGCACAGACGCAGAAGGACCAGGCAGAGAUCACGGAGCUCAGGGAGACCGUGGAGCAGCAGAGGAAGACCAUCAAGAGGUUCAACCGAGUGUCUGUGAUGGCGGCGCAGGAGUUCGAGGAGGUGCAGGAGCAGCUGGACCUGGAGCAGAGCCUUCGAGUCAAAGCCGAGGACUUCGCCCACGAGAUGUUGGUGAAGCAGAAAGAGGCCCGGAGACAGAGCUCGGUGCUGAUGCAGAGCUCUGAACCCAGUGAACAACUGCUGAAGGCUCUGGACGAACUGUCACAGGCCACGCAGAGACUGGAGGAGGAGAGGAGAGAGCGCCACCUGCAGGUGCAGCGUUUGGAGCAGCAGCUGGAGCAGAGUGCGCUUCAGAAGCAGCUGGAGACCGUGCAACAACAGCUGUUCCUAUUGGACGAGGAGAAGAAGGAGCUGGAAUCGCGGCUGGAGCAGGAAGUGAGGAGGAGCGGCGAGCUGUGGCACCGAGUGUCUGAGCUGCAGCAGGCUCCGCCCCCUGCGCCCACUCCAGCCCCGCCUCCUGCUCCAGGCGAAGCCCCGCCCCCCGCGCCCAUCCCUCAUCCCCCGCCUCCCCCUCCUCCUCCCCCACCCCCUCCCCCUCCUCCUCCGCCCUCCAGGUGUAACCCCAUCAGCUCUCUGAUCGCCAUCAUGAGGAAGUCGUCCAAAGGAUCCAAACACAGUGUGAAGACAGAGGCCCCCCAGGGAGAGUCAGCAGAGGGAGCAGAUGAAGUGAAGGUGAAGGCCGUGAAUGAGAUGAUGGAGAGGAUCAAACACGGCGUGGUGCUGCGGCCGGUCAAACCCUCCGACACCAAGCCGCUGCCCGUGAGCGAGGAGAAGCAGGACAGUGCCAUGGAGGAGCUCAAAGGAAUCCUGGAGACGGUGAAGCGCAGUCCCAGUCGUGGCUCUCAGGACUCGGCCUCGUCUCCUCAGCCCAAGAAGGACUCGGAGCUGGAGCUGAUCCUCCGCCGCAGACGCAACAAGGCUGGAGAGUCUGGAGAUGAAGGGGUCUCGAGCCGCAGGACCAGCUCGGACUCGGGCUCCAGUACUCUGGGGGUCCCCUCAGAUCAGAGCGGGCCCGCCGUCAGCCCGGACCGCAGGGGGUCUGGACCGGGACCCAUCGUGCCCCGAAGGAAGAGCUCGGACUGUGGUGGAGCUCGCAGAGAGUCCACCUGCUCGACCAAUGACACUGCUCUGUCCAACGGAGCCAAUCACAGUGGACCAGGGGAGGAGCAGGUCUCGGUCCAGGUCUCAGUCCAGGUCUCGGUCCAGGUCCAGACCAACGGAGUGAACGGAGAGGAGCACGUGGAGGAGGCGCAGGGAGGCCGGGCCGACCUCCUGCAGACGGCCUAA